UAAAAUUGUAACGGGCGCCGCCUCUGGCUUUCUGUGUCGCUAUUCCCUCGCAUUCCCUUCAGUCGUCGGAGCCGUAAACCGGAGUACUCCGAGCAUUUUUCCGAGGGAAUACGAGAAGUAUUUUCAUUUUGUAGUUUCGCAAUCUCGAUCCUGUCUUUGUUAUCUGAAGAAUUUCCCCUACUCAAUUCUUGGAGCUCAGUCAUUGAGAUCGAGCUGCAGUUUUGAAGUUUUUGAAUCGAAAAGAGUUCUAUUCAAGGUUUUCGAAAAUUCAUUGUGUUGAACUAUUGUGAUUGUGUCGAAGUAACUCAUGGAAGGCGCAUUGAAUCUUCUUGGAGGCGCAAAUUUUUGCCCUGUCUCUAUGAGUAGAACACUGUGUUGCCAACGUUCACUGUCUCCGCAUCUUCAUUUUGUGUCAUCCAUUGCGCGUAGUGCUGGAUUGUACACGAAUGGGAAAAGAUUAUCUUUUAGACGUGCAGGUUCGAGAGUCAGAUGCGAAGUAAGACUUGGAGACGUGCUUGACAAAAAAGUAAUCGAGUCCAGAAGUUCUGGGGAAAACGAGCAACAUUUUACAUGUGUCAUGAAGUUUGGUGGCUCGUCAGUGGCUUCUGCGGAGAGAAUGAUAGAGGUUGCUGAACUUAUACGCAGCUUCCCUGAGGAGCGGCCGCUGAUUGUUCUCUCGGCCAUGGGAAAGACAACCAACAAGCUUUUGCUGGCUGGAGAAAAGGCUGUUAGCUGUGGCGCUACUAAUGCAUCGGAUAUUGAAGAGAUGAAAUUCAUAAAACAGUUGCAUCUGAAGACUGCAGAUGAGCUUGGAGUCGACAGGUCUAUUAUUGCAAAUCACCUUGAUGAAUUGGAGCAACUACUCAAGGGAAUUGCUAUGAUGAAAGAAUUAACUCUUCGAACAAGAGAUUACUUAGUUUCCUUUGGGGAGUGCAUGUCGACGAGGAUUUUUGCUGCUUAUUUAAAUAGGAUCGGUGUCAAAGCCCGUCAAUAUGAUGCAUUUGAAAUAGGGUUCAUCACCACGGAUGACUUCACAAAUGCUGACAUUUUAGAAGCAACCUAUCCUGCUGUUGCAAAAAGGCUACUUGGUGAUUGGAAUUCUGAUCCUGCUAUUCCUAUUGUUACUGGCUUCCUUGGAAAGGGCUGGAGAUCAUGUGCAGUGACCACAUUGGGAAGGGGUGGUAGUGAUUUGACUGCUACUACCAUAGGCAAAGCACUUGGAUUGCGGGAGAUUCAGGUGUGGAAAGAUGUUGAUGGUGUUUUGACAUGUGACCCUAAUAUUUAUUCAGGGGCAGAACCUGUUCCCUUUUUGACGUUUGAUGAGGCAGCUGAGCUUGCUUAUUUUGGAGCUCAGGUUCUGCAUCCACAAUCAAUGCGACCAGCUAGGGAGGGUGAUAUUCCUGUUCGGGUGAAAAAUUCAUAUAAUCCUCAAGCUCCUGGUACUCUCAUCACUCGGAACAGAGAUAUGAGCAAGGCAGUGCUGACAAGUAUUGUUUUGAAACGCAAUGUAACCAUGUUGGAUAUUGUAAGCACUCGCAUGCUCGGUCAAUAUGGUUUUCUUGCCAAGGUGUUUGCAAUCUUCGAGGAUUUGGGCAUAUCAGUUGAUGUGGUUGCUACUAGUGAAGUCAGUUUAUCCCUGACCUUGGAUCCAUCGAAGCUUUGGAGCAGAGAGCUCAUCCAGCAGGCAAGCGAGCUUGACCAUGUGGUGGAAGAACUUGAGAAAAUUGCUGUUGUGAAACUGCUUCAGCAUAGAUCAAUCAUUUCUCUCAUAGGGAAUGUUCAAAGGUCAUCACUGAUACUGGAAAAGGCAUUUCACGUUUUCCAUACCAAUGGGGUAAAUGUUCAAAUGAUAUCCCAGGGUGCUUCUAAGGUCAAUAUCUCGUUGAUCGUAAAUGACAACGAAGCAGAGCAAUGUGUUCGGGCUCUCCAUUCGGUCUUCUUCGUGACCGAUGAACUCAAAUUAUAUACAAAAUGAUUCAUAUCUCAAAUGGUUGAGUCUCAGCAAGUAUCACUGCGUGAGCAUAUAAGGCCAUUUUUUCAUCUCGAGAAGCUGUAUUUUUCAACAAUACGAGGAAGGCGCAACCAUAGCAAUUGGUAUAAUACAGGCAAGUUGAGUUAGUUUUUUCUAUUGGUUUUGAUUACAUAAGACUUUGCUGGUAAUUGUGUAGUAUUUUAAUUAAUUCAGAAAAAAGAAAAAGAAAAGAGAAUUAGGGUUUAUGGUUUUAUGGUGUACACUGAGUUUCAUAAAUGUUAUAAUUAUGGUUUUAUUGAGACAAUUUAUAAAUAAUAGUUAUAAUUAUAA